UUCUUCAUUUCUAUUAACCAUUCAAUUGACUCUACGUGUGAUUGAAUAAUUUUUUUUUCUACAUUUAAGUUAAUUAGUGUUUUAUUUUUUAAUCUUUUUUGUUUUUUUGUUGUUAAAGUAAUUUGAUUCUAGUGUAAUAAUCAACCAUGGAUAAAGUAUUAGAUAGUUUAGGCUUAAGUGAUAUAAGACGAAUGACGGCUAAGAAUAGCAAAGAGACAAGAAGAAAACAAAAUAUCAACACUUUUGUUGGUCCGGAUGGUGUUCAAGUUGAUGAAGAAGGUUAUAUAAUCCGUAAUGAUGUUGGAAAUAAUCGUAAAGAAGAGGAUGAUCAUUUCUAUUCAAGUUCCGAUGAUGAUUCUGAAGAUGAAAAACAAGGGAAAAGAUUUAAAUUUGAAAUUAAACCCAUCCAGUUAACAAAUGGUGGACCAAGUGUUGCUGAGCUUAGGAAAACAGUUAAAAGGCUUUCAAUAUCACCUUCUAUCUCUCAUCCUAAUAAUAUGACUCGUUGUAAGUCGUAUGGUAGUCUUUCAAGUGAAGUAAGGAUGACUCCAGUGUCAGUGAACUCAUCAUCAUCCCAAGGACCUUCACCGUUGACACUUGGACUGACAAAUGUGAUUCCAAUUGCUGUGGCAAUUCAAGAAUGUAUUUCAGCUCGUUUUAAGGGCUCAGAUGAAUCAAAGUGCCGGAUUCAGAUUAUUGGUAGUCUCAAGAUAGCGUUUCCUUCUGGCAUAAUACAAGUUUUCGCAAACAAUACUUGUCCAGCCUUAUUAUCAUUUAAACUUACCAAUAGCUCCAGAUUCGAGCGAUUGAUCCCGAACAAAGAUAUUGUGAUGCAUAAUAAAAGCAUUGAGAAUGGUAUUAAAACGGAUACAUAUUGUUUCGAUAUGAAUAUGGUCGGAUUAACAAAUCAUUUGAAAAAAUUGAGUGAACAAUCACCUCAUAGUCGAUAUUUCAAUGCUGAAAUUUUAAAGUAUCAAUUAAAGGCCAGGGGAGCGACCUUUUGUCCUCUUCAGGUCGUUUCGCAUUGGAAAUGUGAACCAACCACAACAGGAUUGAAAGUAGAUUACAAAUACAAUGCUUGUGCAUUAUCAUCAAUUCAACCUUUAAAAAAUGUAACUUUCAGUGUUAAUGUUGAUGGAGGAGUCCAAUCAUUUAAAACUACGCCCAAUGCUACAUGGAACGAGGAGAAAAAAUCAAUUUCCUGGCAAUUUGAUGAAGUAUCAGUUGGAUCGGAAGGAAAAGGUCUGGGAUCGUUAAAAGCCAAAUUUGAUGUAUCCGAUGGACCAUCAACACCAGGAGCAGUUAAUGUACAAUUCAGCGGUAACGGGGCUACUUUUUCGGGUGUAGAGUUUGCUUUAAAUUGUAUUGGUUACCGGAUCUCGUUAAUGAAGAAACAAAUCUCAACAGGGCGUUAUCUCAGUGAAGCAGAUUCAUCGAUAAGCUAUGCAUGCAUAUAGGAAAAUCAAUGUAAUUAAUUGUCCAAAAGUCGAGACACUUUGAUUCGUCCUCAUCAAUCCCCCAAUUUCACUCUCAUCCUUUCAUUUUUCGUUUCUCUCUCUUUCUCCCUCUCCAUCAUUGUGUGUUAUGCUUCCUAUGAUAGUGCCUCAUCUCUCUCUCUCUCUCUCUCUCUGCUCCCAUUUCUCUCUCACUCCAUCUCAAUCAUAUGAACAUAGAACCCACAAUAACCUCCCCACACAAAUACACUCACCAAAGAGUAGGUAAAAGUAAGAAAUCAGCAACCAAGAUACAAACUUAAACAUUAAUCAUUGUCGAAAACACGAAAAGUGUCAUCAAAAGUACUAGUUAAUCAAAUUGAUUACCAAACGCAAAGUUAUCACUGGUUUCAUGGUUAUCUUAUUUUUCCCCUUACUCUUUGCAAUAUAAAUAUUAUAUUUAAUAUAAUUUAAAUUAUAUGCAUAUGAACCGGUUUUUAUCAUGUGUUUGUUAUGAUCAACAAAAAAAACACUCACACCAUUGAAUCUUAAUCAUGUCAAUUUAACAAACAAUCCAGAUCAAAGACACCCUAUCCUUUUUCACUCCCAUCAUACACCAAACCAUUAUUACAACCAAAAUCAACACUAAUCAACUUUCACGCCUUCUCGUAUCUCUCAACAAUCUAAUCUUCCCUUUUUUCUUGGUUAAGUUAAAUGGUAUUUAUUUUAAACAUGAAUUUACUUGCCAGAAUUUACAAAACAAAAAACAAUUGAGCAAGAAGCAAAAAAAAACAAUCAACUGAUCAACAUUGAACGAAAUCAAUUGUGCAACAUAAUCAUAAACUGUUGAUAUUGUUGUUGUUGUUUUUUGGUAAUUGAUCAAUCAACUCUCAUGCUCUCUCACUUACAAUGUAUAUCUCAUAGAUCUGCCUUGUCAAUUGAAAUAUCAACUGAAUAUCAAUCAAUCAAUUAAGAUCAAUGAAUUAAUUUUCUUCUUCCUAUUCAUACACUCCAAUAAUUGAAUCUUUCCCCUCCCACUCCCAUGCUCAUCUCUCUCUCUCUCUCUCUCUCUCUAAAAAAUUCAAGUAUGACGACAAAGUCGAGUUUGAUAAAUAAUUAAAUUAAUUUACAAUUAAUUAAAAUAUGAAAGAUUGAGAAAGAAAAAAGUUACCAUUUAUAAAUUAACACUCGUUUACUUUAAACUAGUCACAUUUAUAUAACACGAAACCGAAAUAUUUUUUCAGUGGAAUUAUUGAAAAUCAAUUAAUUUCCAUAAUUAAUUAAUCUUCUUUUCUCUAUAUAUAUUUCUCAUUCCUUUUAAUUAUAAUCCAAUCAAUGUAAUCUAUUUCUUUCUCUCUCUCUCUUUUUCUAAGUGUUAUUAAUGAGAUCUAAUCUAAGGUAAAACGAGUGUAACAAUUAAUUUAAUAAGUUUUUCUUAUACAACAAUCUAUCGUCUAAUUUUAAUUGUCUAAAAAAAUUUUACAAUGUACAUGUAUGAUUAUCAAUCUAUUAUUAUUGAUUUUUUUUGCUCAUUUUAAUCUUAUAUUAACUAAUCUCUUUGUAAUCUCUUCACAAACACAAAAAAUAAGUCACUUUAAUUGUAAUAACCUGUUAAUUGCUCCUUCUUUACGUUUCCUCCUCCUAAAUCCAUUUGUAAAUGGUAAUGUUUAAUUGUAAUGAUGAUGAUGACACUAAAUCUGAUGCUUUGUUUUCAAAGAGAGAGAGGAAGAGAGAGAGAAAAAAUUUCAUGGUUAUUAACAACAAUUAACACUAUCAGAAGGAAUCGAAUCAAAUUCACAAUGUAAAUUGUAUCUCACUAAUUUUUGUAUUGAUUUGAGAGAAGAAAAAAAGAAAGAUAAAAAGAAAGAGAACUUUUCUUUAAACCUCUCAAUUGCUAACAAUUUGAACUGAAUUAAUAUUUAUAAAUAAAAGAGAAAAAUAUAUUAAUAUGUA